GUAAAUAGUGAAUCAGCUGAGUAAAGGUUCAAGAGGAUCGGGAGGAGGCCAGACCUCAGUCAGUCUUGCUGCGUAUUCUCUCUCUCUUGGCGUGUGAUAUCAUAAUGGAGCUGCCACACAUAGGGACACACUGCUCGGAACCUACAUGUCGACAGCUGGAUUUUCUCCCCUUCACGUGUGACUUGUGCAAAAAAGAAUUCUGUGUUGAUCAUCACAAGUAUGAUGCUCACAGCUGUACAGAGAGAUAUCAAGCAGAUGUUCAAGUGCCCAUUUGCCCCUUGUGUAACCAACCAGUCCCAAGUAAAAGAGGACAACCACCAGACUUAGCUGUAAAUAACCACAUGACAAACAAUUGUAAACACAAAAAUAAAAAGAUCUACACUAACAAGUGCUCUGCAGCAAACUGCAAAACUAAAGAAAUGGUACCCGUGUCUUGUGAUUCUUGCAAACUAAACUUCUGCUUAAGACACAGACAUGCAAUUGACCAUGACUGUAAGGGUCAUUCUACUGCAAGAGAGCGUGCUUUAGCGGCUGCUACAGCAAGACAGUCGAGCAACAAAAAGCAAGGCAGUGGAAGUACAAGUCGGAGUCAGAGUACCGGGAGUGGAAACAGUCAAAGCAUUUCUAGGUACUUUUCCCCAUCUUCGGGAGGCCCCAGGCCCACUGGUCAUGCUCAGCCUGUGCAAUCGGUCAAUCUGUUAACACUUCAAGGUGGCAUGUCUGAAGAUGAGGCUUUAGCACGAGCAAUGGCUGCCUCGGUUCAUGAUAUGAAUGGGGAUCAUUCAACCAUUCAAUCAAGUGAAAAUGAACAUGGUCAAGAGGAUGAAGAUGCUCAGCUUGCUCGAGCUAUAGCUGCUAGCAUGGAACAGAAUCAGAGAACAGUCAAUGGUCAGCGACGCAACAGCCACAGUUGUAAUAUUUGUUAAUGAUGGUUAGCACCACUGCUCAGGAAUUUUUAAUAUAGUGGCUGGAGAAGGAUGUGACACCACCAUGACUUAUUAUUUUGUACUGUAUUUUCACAUAGAAUGAAAAAUAUUUUUUAAUGGCUCACUCCAGGUAUAACUAAUCUAAUAUUUGAAUAAGUUUUUAACAUUCCACUAACAUAUGCCUUUUUAAUAAAUUUAUUAAAUCAUACUCGGCAUGCAAAUUCUGGGAAGAUGUUAAUCAUGUUCUGGCAUAAUAUAUAAGUCUGUCAUGACAAGAUAAUGACAUUGAAAGAGAUGCAGGUUGUUUACAUGGCUAUAUUCCACUUUGUUGCUCCCUAUGUUAUAAAGACUGAUGCCUGUGCGGGAGGAAAUCCAGUCAGAGGGAUAUUCUAUGAUUUAGUAUUGCCACCAGAGAGAUCUUUUUCAAAUGUCCCAACAUGGUUAUACUAUUACUAGUGAGGACUGAAGGAGAUCAUCCAGCUAAAGUGAGCUAUAGAAAGCUCAACAUCCAUACACUAAGUCUUUCCAACCCCUUCUUGUUGUCCCUGAAAUUGCCAACAAGUGUCCUAGCUGCCAACCUGUCCCAUCAAUCAGGAAAAUGAUAAUGUGGAGUAUGAGAAUCUUCAAAUCUGGGGAUUCUACCAUAAUGCCCCUACUAUUCAAAUCACUUGAAUACUGCUCAGUACUCGCUUCACCCAUUCAACGUAGAAGAGAUUUCUGAAGUAGAGGGAAUACGAAGAACAUUCACAUCACACACAGACAUGAUAAAGCACCUAAAUUAUUGGGAGCAUCUCAAAGUUCUCAAAACAUAUAUACAUUAUGUGUAUAUACAUCGAAGAUGCUGGAAGGCUGGGUCCAGAUAUACCCUCGGCAUACUACCAGUUGGCAGCACCUGAAACACAACACUGUCCAUCUUGCUAAGCCUCGUCACAUUCUUUCCUGUCCUAAUAUCGUUAGGACAGCUGGAGAAUUCAAUUAAAGUGGCUUGUUUAUCCAAUGAAACUGUUUCUUUGUACAAUAUAGCUUACCGGGUAUUUAUAAUGCUUUCAAAUGUCAUGGUACACCAGGACCUGGGUUCCCAGGGAACUGUGGCUUCUGAAGAAUCUCACGAGUAACCCAGGUAAAUAUCUUGGCCACCAGGUUUAUCCCAAAGGGAAGUGAACUUAAACAUGGCAACAUAUGUGACUUACUCAAAAUUCUAGGCAAGCCCUGAACAUCUGAUGGAUGAGAAUAUGCCAGUAGGCAUCAGUAGAGUCCAGAGGGCCAGGGAAAUGAGCCCCGACUGACUUCCAACCACCUGUUGAUCCAAGGACACGAUGGUCAUCAAAAAUCUUGGACAAGGUAUGUGACAAUUGACUCACGAGGUGUGAAUCAUUUAGGGGUUGGAAGUGUCCUUGGUCACCACAAACAGUGGAGAUUACCCACAAAGUUCUGAUCACAUCUAUUACACUCUCGGCCAAUAUCUUAUGGAUGUCGCACAUGGCCUGGUAUGCUCUCUGGGGUUGACCAAUGACCAUGGCUCAGGGUAGCAACUAAAGGGGGCCUUUAUUUGAAAACAAAAUUAAAAACAUCCAGGGAUCUCAAUCUAACAAUGUUAGGAAAAGACAAACCAAAUGGGCUAUGAUCACUAUGUACAAGUAAUGAGAGAGAAUAGGCAAGGUAGAUAAUGGCAGCCUUUUCAAUUUGAGGGUAAAUAGGACAAGAGGACAUAGGUGGAAGCUGGGGAUUCCAGUUAACCCAGGUAAUGAGAAAACCCAUUCAUAGUGACAGUGUUUAAUAAGUGGAAUGCACUGAAAGGUGUGGAAGAUAUUUCCAUGAAUAGCUUCAAGAGCAAAUAUAACAAAGAAAUAUAAUGACAAAUUUAAAUGCAUCAGAUGCAAAUAGCUAGAAGGCAGGGCCCAAAGAGCUAGCUCUCGCUCCACAAAUACAGAUUUGGACAUCUUCGCUUCCACUGGAAGAGAAUCCAUUUUUUAAAUACACACUAGCAUAUAUUUUAUUUCAUUAUAAUAUUUAGUGGAUUCUCUGCAUAGUUAUACAAGUGAACUUGUACAUCUUGAAUUAAUUGAACAUAAAUAGGCUCCAUAAUCAAUGUUUGUUACCGAGGCUCAGGCUUCUCACCAUUUUCAGAGGAACUAAAUUUUUCAAUGUUGCAAAAGGACCCUUCGUACUUGAUACCAGACUUCACACUUGGUACCAGAACUGCAUAAGGCACAUGAUUACAAUACUGUGACCUCAGGUAUUAUGAACUGUACUAUGUUCUAGUAGUGUAGCACAGAUAUGCCAAACAUAACUUCAGUUACUAUAACAUGUACAGUCUUUGCAUGGUUUUAAAGUUUAAGAAUUUCUCAUGUUGAAACUUCUUGUUGGUUAAAUUGUUUAUUAUAAAGAGGAUGAAUGACUCGGUUGCCUUAAAAAUGAUUUAAAGGUACAUAAGAGCUUUACAUACUAUGUUGUUCACUUGUACAGUAUAAUUUUUCUACAGUUAGAGAUGUAUGAAAUAUUGAUGCUUUAAUUUAGUGAAACUUUAUUUGUACAUGCCAAUAUAAAUGUCUUACCACUGCCCAUGGGAUGGGUAUGGGGUGCAUAAUAAAGAAAAGGAAAAAAAUGCCAAAGACAGCUAUUAAUGUACAAUAUAAAAUUAGCCAAGCUAAACCUGGUUGUGCCUAAACCAAAGUUAUUAACAAGAAUCUUCCUUGGGUUAUUGAUUUAUUUUCUCUUCAACAUCAAGCUAUAUGUCUAAUUCAUUUACAUUAAUAAAAUUUGAAAUAAUUUUUUGAAAAGUCACCCUCGGUUAAGUUUUUAGUCUGACUGUAGAACACGUCGUCUUACUGACCUCAUUCAAUAUAGUAGUUGUUAUAUCGCUGGACUUUCUAAUCAAACGGAAAUUGAUACACCAGGAAGCCAGGUUCGACGGUUGUUCAUUCCAGUAAUGUAAUACUGGAUAGUUAUUUUCAGUCGCAAUGAAAAAUAUAAUUUUUCUGGUGGAGUGAGCUCAUUCAUCUAUUAAAACAGAAAAUCAGUGCCAAAAAAAGUUUUAAAUUUAUAUAUUAAGUGAUAGUUACAGUAUCAAUUUGCACAAAACUGUUAUAUCAUUUGCAAUAAUUAAUAGCAUUUGGUAUAAAAUAGUGAACAAAUGCAACCUUCGGAUGCAUUGGAAUUCUGGUUCCCUAAGGGAUCAGGUGUGCAUCUGUACAUUCGACAGAGUACAGUGUGCGUGUUUAUGUACACUGUACUGUAUACGUACAUAUAUAUAUAUAUAUAUAGUGUAAUUUAUAUAUAUUAUACUGUAUAUACAUUGUAUAUACAGUAAACAGUGUAUAUAUAAUAUACUGUAUAUACAAAUUCUAUCAAGGACAUGUAUAAUUUUAUCUAUAACUACGGUCAUUUAUCUUUCCUGUGUGUGUACAGUAGUUAGUUUACAGAAAAAUGAAUAAUCACAAUUUAUUACUCGUCUAGCUUACUGAUGACCACUGUAAUUUAUGCUAUUUGCACUGCCACGAAUAUACAAAAUGUAAUUUCCACUAUUUUUAUUAAAUAAAAAAGAUUA